AGAAUAUUAACAUUUUGAGGACUACUUCAGCGCCCUGUAGAAGGACUAGACAUUUUAACAGUAAUUUUGUUUUCAUUGCAAAUUCACAACCAGAACAUGGGUUGAUUUGAGUUCAACGCGGUGAUAACUAAAAGUUAAAAAAAUUCCAGCCUGUAUUAUUCUAAUAAACAUGGACAGCAAUCGACGCCUGGCGGUAAUCCAUUCAUUAACCUUCACCACGUUAUAAAUAGGUAUAACAUGUUGUUGUUAUUCUCAUGUUUAUUAAUUGGUAAUUUAUUUUCAUCAAUAAGAUUUGCUAAUUGAAAAUCUGUCCAAACAAAAUUCAAAUCUCAUUUUAUAACCCGUAGAACUGAAACGAACGUCUGGAUUAGGGUGCAAAAUUCAACCCUUCUACUAUUCGCUAUAAACCAGAUCGGUGUGGAUAUAAGAACGAAAGCCAGAAAAAACACCUCGCAAUCCUUUGAAAACUAGUUCGCAAAUGCCGCGCAAACCUGUCGCUAAUUUUGCAUCUCAUACUACAUGUGUUUGCAUUGAAAUAAGCCGGUCCCUCCAAUCGCUCCUCAUUGCAACUCUCAAGACUCUACAGACAGGGACGGCACUCGGUCAAGACUUCGGUUCUAGUGUGAUAAGUGUGCUAUUUUCAAAUUAUUCAAGUGAUUUUUGCAGUUUUACGUGCACUGAGGAUGGCUACGCCGCAAAUAAAGACAAUUCUUUAUUCGUACUGGAGAAGCUCUUGUUCGUGGCGGGUGAGAAUAGCAUUAAACCUCAAGGAAAUUCCAUACGAAAUCAAGCCAGUGUCGCUCAUCAAAGCUGGAGGUGAGCAACAUUCGAACGAAUACAGAGAGCUGAAUCCGAUGGAACAAGUUCCAGCUCUUCACAUAGAUGCGGUCACAUUGGUCGAAUCCCUAAACAUAAUGCAGUAUUUGGAAGAAACCAGGCUGCAUCGACCUCUGCUUCCUUCUGAUGUAGUUAAAAGAGCCAAGAUGCGCGAAAUAUGCGAAGUGAUUGCUUGCGGUGUCCAACCUCUACAAAACCUUUCCGUAUUAAUUCAUGUGGGAGAAGAGAAGAAAGAUGAAUGGGCCAAGCACUGGAUCAAUCGAGGGUUCAGAGCUGUGGAGAAACUCUUAGGAUCUUGUGCUGGCAAAUACUGCGUGGGUGAUGAAAUAACCUUAGCAGACUGUUGCCUUAUUCCCCAAGUGUUCAAUGCGCGAAGAUUUCACGUCGAUUUAAGGCCUUUCCCGAUUAUCCUGAGAAUCGACCGGGAGCUUGAACGGCAUCCAGCUUUUCUUGCAGCACAUCCCAGUAACCAACCCGAUUGCCCACCUGAAGCCCAUAAGUAAGCUUCGAAAAAAAACAUUUACUGUAAAAACUUUUAAAUAAACUUAUUGAUUCUGCUGCCCAA